AUGGCUAUCCCCAGUGUUCUCACUUUUGACGCUGAGGGUCGGGCCAUUUACUUUGACGUCUGGGUAGAUGACCUGCAGCUUUUCCUACAGUGCGAUAGGGCAGACGGUCUCUCCCUCUUUGACCUCACCUUUGGUGCUUCCCCUGCCCCUGCUGCCGAUGCCGAUGCUACUAUUCGCUCAUA